UAUAAAACUAUUCGCGUUUUUCAGCCAGUUUACGUUCCUCAAGCAAUAAUUGCAUUACAAGUUGGGUCUGCGAUGUUGAAUAAAGCCACCCGUUAUUUGACAGCUCAUCUUGCUUGUGGAUGUUAUAAUAAAACUGGUCACUGACUAUAUCGAUUGCUGACAGCAACACGCACGCGCACAACAUCCUCGCACCCAAGCGCCAAAAAUAGCCUUGGAUAUCCGUGUUUUCUUCCUCGUUAUCUUGGCUACUGGAAGCGACAGUCUGUAUGGCUGGGUCUAGAUGGACAGUUUUAUCCCUCUUCUUCUCGUGGUUUUGAUUUCUUUGGCUUAUUGCUGUGUUGGUCAAAGAAAGGACUCCGAGGAAGAUGGGAAGUUGUCGUUCCUUGCUGUGGGAGAUGCUGGUGGGUUUAACUACGCUCCAUACUACACUAAAAACCUAGAAAACGUUGCUAAACAAAUGGGAAAGACGGCCAAGAAGACACACGCCAAGUUUGUCAUCGGUCUUGGCGACAACUUCUACUGGAAGGGCGUGAAGGACGUCCAUGAUUUUCGAUUCAAUGCGACGUUUGAGAAUAUUUUCCGUGCGCCCUCCCUCCACAGAACCAAGUGGUACAUGCUGGCUGGUAACCAUGACUACUUGGGGAAUGUAUCAGCACAGAUAGCUUACACCAAAGUCUCCAGGAGAUGGCAUUUUCCUGAUUUCUAUUACACCACAGUUCAUAGAAUCGGAGGGACUUGUAAGACAGUUCAGAUAGUGACGAUAGAUACAACAUUACUGUGCUAUAAAGGCGGAGGGAUAUAUCCUGGCAAGAGAGAACAGUAUCGGUGGCUCAAUGAAAUACUAAGAAACUCCGAAGCUGAUUAUCUAGUGGUGGCGGGCCACCAUCCUGUAUACUCCAUUGGAAUGCACGGCUCAAACGUUUGCUUGAAUGACAAACUAAGGCCUCUGCUAGAAAAGUAUGACGUCACAGCGUACUUGAGCGGCCAUGAUCACAACAUGCAGCACUUCAAACCUUUGUACUCUAAUGUACAUUAUUUAGUGAGUGGUAGCGCAUCGAACCAUAAUCAAUUACAAUACAACAAACACAAAGUACCGUUAAACUCGCUUAGGUUUUUCAAUGGCAAGACCGGUGGUUUCACGCUUCUUCAAGCAACACCUCGACACCUAACGGUAUCGUUCAUCGGCAGUCAUGGGAAAAUACUUCACACGGAAAAAAUUCCACCGAGAAAAACACGACCGUGUUCCAAGAAAAACACCAAAGCACCUUUUAUUAUCGAAGACUUUGAAGAUUCGGUGCUGGGUGCUUUUUUUGGACUACAAGAAGAUAAUGAACUCAGACAACACCAAAGAGAAAGGCACACGGGUAUGAAUGGUUAAAUAAGGGCGUACAAUGCACGCGGUUGAGAUCUCGACAGCCACUCUUCGUAGUGUAUGAUAAAGCCAAAUAAGGUCAAAGUGCAAAAGCGCAGGUCUGGUUGCUUAGUACGGAUAUGAACCAGUAGCAAAACGAAAUAGUCAACAUUUGCAGCUUGUAAAUAAAGGGUGGCUACCUCUAUCACGCGAUAAACAUACGGAUAAGCUGGGAGCCAUUGCAAUAAUUUUUCAUGCACCACAGGAAGCCCAAAUAAACUUGAGGAGCUUCAAAUGCAAUUGAGAGUUGCUAGGCAGGUUGCUAGUUUAAAGAUGGCGGGAAGAGACUCUUGACGCAAACAAAAGUCAAACCCGGCUUUGCCUGGCCUCAAAGCCAUACCACAUUUGCAAGACUUAAGUUUGGCAGCAGAAUGAAAGAAAGUUAAAAUGUUACCCCCAGCCUUCAAAUGACUUUACAUGAAAUCGUCCUCUAAACUACUCUACAAGAGCAGCAGUGGUCACGACAUUCAUAAGCGUGGAGCCAGCAGAGUGCAUACCAUAUAUCCGUGAAGAACUUCGUAAGAAAUUGCACAAGUUUGUAAGUUAAGUAGACUCUAGACCUACAAAACUUUGUACAAAUUUGUUAACUUUUUCACGGAUAUAUA